AUGGCGACCUCCACCCCCUUCUUCGAAUACAACAUCUCCUUCACCACACCCGCCAACCCACCAUCAUGUGAGACCAAGCUCACGGCAAAGGAUCUCUGGACCGGCAUCGCGCGAGUGGCAGAUACACCCCAGGAAUAUGCGCCCUACGUAUCCAAGUGCGAGGUGCUCUCGCGCAACGGCCACGCUCUAGAGCGCAAGCUGACCAUGGCGAACGGGGCGGUCCACAAAAGCGACGGGGAGACUAUGUAUCAGGAUGUGUGGAUUGCGGAUCGUUUACUGGUGGAAGCCAGAACCAAGGAUACUGGCGCGAAGACUACCUUCCUGCUGUCGUACCACGACUCGGCAACCGUCAGCCCUGAGUCGACGGAUAUCAGCUUUACUGUGAUCUACGAGUUAAAGUUGACCGGGAUCCAGCCUGGCAGUCCGGAGGCUGAGCGUAUCCAGGCAGAAUACCCCGAGCUGGCGCGCAAAGCCUGCACGUCGACGGUAGAACAGAUUCGCGAACGGAAGAAGAAUGGGCAGUUGGACGCGUGGGCUCAGGCUGGUGAAUUUCCUGGCUGGUGA